GUUAUUUACCAAUUACCAGACCAGAAGAAAGCAUACGUUGCAGUAUCACUAGCCAUAAGAUCAUGAUCAUGAUCAUGGCAUGAAAUUAAAUGUUUUCCCUUUCCCUUCACAAUAUACGAUUAUCUAUCAUUUAACUUCAAUUUGUUACUUUCGAUUGAUGAUUUAUUCUUCUUCUUCAAAUCAAAAAACAACUUCCUUAAUUUCUAAGCCGAAAUGUGGCACCGUUUAUCAUCAUCAUCAUCCAAACUCAACCUCAGAACUUGUGCUUCAGGGUUAGGGUUUCUUACACGAUCAUUCUCCUCUGAACCGGGAAAGAGAUUCGCUGCGUUAUGGGGCAACGGUGAUUACGGUAGAUUGGGUCUCGGUAAUUUGAAUUCUCAAUGGAAACCUGCUAUUUGCACCUCCUUCCAUAAUCAAAACGUUCAAGCAAUUGCUUGUGGUGGCGCUCACACGCUAUUUUUAACAGACAAUGGAUGUGUUUAUGCUACUGGUCUCAAUGAUUUUGGACAGCUCGGUACAUCGGAGAGUAAACCCUACUCAGUUGUGCCACUUCAAGUUUUUGGGCACGAGAAGAAAGUUGUACGGAUCUCUGCUGGUUAUAAUCAUUCCAGUGCAAUAACAGUGGAUGGAGAACUGUACAUGUGGGGAAAGAAUACAACUGGGCAGCUUGGACUUGGAAAAAAGGCUCCCAACAUAGUUCCUUUGCCAACUAAAGUAGAAUACUUGGAUGGAAUCACCAUUGAAAUGGCUGCUCUGGGUUCUGAGCACUCACUGGCUAUUAGUGAUGGAGGAGAGGCCUAUAGUUGGGGAGCAGGAGCGUCUGGUAGACUUGGUCAUGGUCAUGAGUCAAGCAUACUAGGAUUCUUCAAAAGUUACAGUGAAUACAGCCCAAGGCUUAUAAAGGAUCUUGAAGGAAUCAAGGUAAAAUAUGUAGCUGCUGGGAUGCUGACCUCUGCUUGUACUGAUGAAAAUGGAUCUGUGUUUAUAUUUGGAGAUAAAGGGAUUGACAAAUUGCUCUUGAAGGGGACGAGCAAUACAACAAAACCAUCGUUGAUCAGUGAACUUCCAUACGCUGAAGAAGUUGCUUGUGGUGGCUAUCAUACCUGUGUCUUGACAAAUUUUGGUGAACUUUAUACUUGGGGUUCAAAUGAAAAUGGCUGCCUUGGCAUAGGGUCCUCAUAUGCCAUUCAUCUACCUGAAAAGGUUCAAGGGCCAUUCUUGGAGUCUUCUGUUGUUCAGGUUUCUUGUGGCUGGAAACAUACAGCUGCCAUUUCUGGGGGAAGAAUCUUCACAUGGGGUUGGGGAGGUUCAAAUGGAACUUUUUCUGACGAUGGACAUUCUUCAGGUGGACAAUUGGGUCAUGGAAGUGAUGUGGAUUACAUAAACCCUUCAAGAGUUUGCUUUGCAGAAGACGUGAAAGCAUUGCAAGUUUCAUGUGGUUUCAAUCAUACAGGUGCUAUAUUUGAGUAUGCAUAGGUUUGGCUGCUCUGGGAAUUCAUAAUUAUUUGUAACCCAUAGAAAACAAUCAGAAAAAACAGUAAUUCAUGCGCCCCGUGUAUCUUUUAUAGAUCACCAUAUUUGCAGAAUGUAUAACCCCACCCAUCCAAGAGGCUCCAGGAAAUUGCAGCACCCCUUAAGUGAGGGUGAGGCAUAUAUUGUCCAUUGUUGUAUUUUAUCAUUCUUUUCACAAGAAAACAAAAUCACACAUAUAUAGUUGCAAAUAGAACUUCCUUGAUGUACAAAACUUAUGAAAAGAAAACUGCUUCAAAUAAGAAGUGUAUGCAAAUGAUGCUAGAGUUAGGAUUUAUUUUGUUUUUGUUAUUUGUGUGGCUAAACUGAGUUACUCAUGUCCUUUGUUCUGUUCCUCAACAAAAGUUAGUGGGAUGCUUGAAUGAUCAUAGUUGGUGAUGAUGCAAUCAUAUAAGCCUUUAUCAUCUAAA